AUGGACGACACUGAAUCACGUGGUCGAGUUUUGACUAGUUUCAAAGUCGUCAUCGUAAGUUGUAAACCUAAGGUUGAAGACUUCCUUGCGGUUGAGAUAUUCUCCUCGGAAACAUGGGAAUGGGCUCCCUUGAAAGUGCACUCUGAUGAUUGUCCGAUUUUAAUUUUCAGCUCUGUGAGACCCGUUGUCCGUGACAAUAUUCUUUAUUAUACUGGCGAAGAACGUACCAGGGAAAAAAUAAGUACAGGAGGGAUCAUAGCCUAUGAUCCUUAUAUGACUCCUCAUAAGCUGCGGUUCAUUGAAAUUCCAAAAGGCGCGUCAAAUGAACCCGAGUCUUCGAAUUGUGGCGUUUCUCAAGGGCUAUUAAAGUUCUGUCAAAUCAGACAUCUUGAACAUGGUAUUUUAUUCAACGUAUGGCAACUCCAGGAGGAGGACAACAAAUGGUGCCUUCAACAUACAAUCAGAAUCGAAGAUAUCGUAAUUGAAGAUCAAGGAUGUGAGAAACGCAUCAUUACAUCCAUUUGA